GAAUAUCUUGCCAGUCAAACUCGAGUAUUAUCCGCGAUAGUAUGAUAAAAACGUCAAUAUAAACAUUUAAACCCAAAACAUCUUAACAAUCUAGAUACUUGAGUCUCAUCUAAUUGAGUCAUUAGUUGAUUCAUCUUUGGUAGCAACGUAUACUGAGGGAGGUGCGCAUGGGCUGCUGGGUAAUACUAUGAAUAUAAGUGUAGUGGGUGCUUGAUCAGUUAGUUGCGUUAUGGGAGCCUCCAACAAACGAGUUAACAUUUGUUUGAUUUUUUUCACCAUUGUCAAGAUAUAAUUGUUCUCACACCAACAUCACUUGGUAUCAAUCAUUUAUGUGCUAGAAGAUCUAGAAGAGUGAAGAAAAAUCAACAAUAUUUUAAUCAAAUAUUCCAUCAUGUUUUGGAACAUUUUUGAGAAGCUGCUUCUAGUCAAUUUCAUAAUAUUAACAACCUAUACUACAACCUUUGCCGCAGAACAUCGGAAAAGAUAUAUUAACUUUGAUCAGUACACUCAAAUUCAUUCGACGUUUGAUCCUCAAAAAUUGACCGUAAAUAAAAAUAGUGAUGAAUUAACGACUGAAUAUGAGAUGAAAAUAAAUAGUGGAUUGAUGGGAGGACAUAGAAAAAUUACAGCCACAUCAAAAAAUGCUGAAAAUUCAGAAGAAGACAAAGCUGAAUUGGAUGAUGAAUUAUAUUUAUCAUCAGCUGGAAAUGGGAAAGAACGACCUGUCAAUCAUGAUGACGAUGAUGACAAAAAAACACUUGCUCAACAAGUAAAAGAAGGCAAGUAUGGUCUCAUUCAAAAUGAAAUUUACUCAAGCAAGCCAAAAAGACCUGGAAUUAUUAGCUACAUGUCUAAUCCUGAUGUACCAAAAGAUAAUAUUAAAAAUUUAGGUGGAUUAGAGAAAGAAGAUAUUUGGUUAGCAGAAAAUCAUUUGCUGGUAUUAAAAGGUGGAAGAUUUCCUGAUCAAAAGAAAGAAAGUUCUAAUAAUGAUGAACCAGAAUGGCCACCAAUUGAUGAUUAUCAAGCACCAAAAAGACAAGUUAGGAUUCCAAAUCAACCAGAUGUGCCACCACCUUUUCCCGUACAACUCACUGAAGGAGGUCCUGUGAAGUUAAUUGGAAAAAAUGAAACAGAUAAUCAUGAGAACGGAUCUCAAUGGAUAGAAGGUUUAGUUUUAUUUAAUAGUACCAAUCUGGCAUUUACUAAUAGCCCAAGUAAUGAAACAACUGAUGAUAUAAUCAAUGGAAAAACCAAGUCAGGAACAUUUGGUGGAAUAGUUGGACCAUUUUUCCCUCAUUUACCUCCAGGAACAGUCUUUGUUCCGCCUCCGAGUAAUCAAAGUGACUAUGAUGAAGAUGAUCAAUCCAUUUAUUAUCCACCACCAUAUAGUUUCAAAUAUAAUCAAGAUAAUACUACAGCUGUACCACCAGGACCUCUAGUACCUGGUAUUAUUUUACCUCCACCUCCAGACUUUUUCUCUUCACUUGAUGAAAAGAAAACAACAACAGAAAAGAAUCGUGUCAAAUGUAUUAAAUGUACUUCAUCUUCAGAUUCUAAAUCAACAACAAAAUCGUAUAAAAUUAAUUCGAGUACAGCAAGCACUAAAGAAAUUCGUCGACCAUUUACCAUGAAACCAAUUAAUAAAUUGAAGUAUAAAACAUCUGCAUAUACUGAAUCUAGUACUAAAUAUCCUGAUAAACCGUUGAAGUAUUUUACAGUAACUACACCUAUAAGUAAAAUCAACACCAUAGAAAUAUCUGAUAUUCAACCUGUCAAAUCAACUACAACCAAUCAGGUUUUCUCAACUAAAUUGGAAAAUCAAAAAAAUCGUUGGCAAAGUGGUUUUAAUAAAUCACGACCUAUAGUGGCUUAUUAUCCAACAUCAACGCCAUCAGCUCAUAAUACUGUAGAUGUUACUCCAGUGUCACUAAAAACAAUUAUUAAUACUGAAAAGAAAGUAGGAAAUUCAGCAUCUUAUUACUUUUAUGAAGAAGCUAAUAGUGAUUCUUCGGAUAGUACGACUAACCCUACAAUAUACUUCCAAGAAACAACUGAAAGACCUUUAUAUAAAGUAAAUAAAUUAUCACAAUCAGAAUUAGAUAAGAAAAAUUCUUAUUAUAAUAUUGAAAUUACACCUUCUCAACAAACUGCCGAAGAGUACAGUGUAGAAGUGAUUGAACCGGUUAUUAAACCAUCACCGAAAUAUCAGUACCGUACAUCUGACGCCUCUUCUGUACCUUCAAUCAAAUUCCCAAGAGCCCAAGGGCAACGAGGAUUAUCAGAUACUUCAACUCUCUAUUAUCAAGAUGUUACGGAACGACCUCAGUACAAUUUAUUCACUACUCCAAGUCCUAAAAAUUUUAUUGCAACAUCUCCAACAGUAAAAUAUACCCAGAAAGCUAAGCCUAAACCGAUUUAUCAAUACAGUUUCCAAGCAAUUAAUUAUCCACCACAAUCACAUACUAAUUACAAUCAAAAAAUAGUAAAUCAUUCUCCAAAACAGGCUAACUUCAAUGAAUGGAAAGAAAUUCAAGAAGAAGAUCAAGGUUAUGAUUAUCCGGCAGUUGAAGAAAAUGAACAAAUAGAAGAACCUCAGUAUAACAAUAAACAUAAUUAUCAUAUUCGAGUAACAACACCGAAUCCUACUCAUGCUUAUUACACUAAACAAGAUGAACAAUUAUUUGAUGAUGUUACAAAAGAGUAUUUCACUAAUUUUGGUAAAAAAAUAAAAUACCAAAAAUUACCAUCAACAACUCCAUUAUAUGGAAAAAGUGAUAUCACUGAAAAGUCUAUUCGUCCUUCCCAUAAUACUUAUGUAACAGAUUAUUACGAGAGUAAACCAACAACAGCACAUAAAGCUCCUAAAGUUAAAGUAUUUUAUGGAGAUCAAUCGAAUAAAUUUUCGAUUAAAGAUGAUACUCGAGUCAAUUAUCAACAUCCAUUACCACCUUUUAAUCCUGAUGCUGAAUUUUUACCAGGAUAUAAUCCAAAAGAACAUGAAACAUUGGCUCCAAUUCGAAAUCAGCCUCAACAAAACUAUCAUUAUACUCAUUCUCAUUUACCAGAGCGAAAAUUGAUACCUAUUCUAAGAUAUAAUGGUCAGCAAGUUCCACAACAAUCAGAAGUUGCACCAACAAGUUAUUUAUCAUUAUCUAAUUCUAACGACGAUCGUCGAAACUAUCUUGAACAACCUAUUUCUCUAGCUGAUGAUAUAGCCGUUAAUUAUCGUAAUCCACGACCACCAAUUAAUCCAGAUGCUGAAUUUAUCAAUCCAGCAGCUGGACAAGCAGAAAGCUCAGUUCACCCAGGAUCAUACGUCACGUACAGGCUACCUGGCGACGGUGGUCAUGUUUACUUUUUUACUCCUGUGAUUACACAAAGACAAGACGGAUAUCUAAAUUCUAGAACACAUGGUUUGAGAUCUCCAAGACAAAUAAGUGAUUCAAAAGUUUAAAAGUUUCGUUCUACGUAGUAAAGAACGGCAAUCGAGAAUGCCAUAAAAAUGAUUAAAUGAUUUGAAAAACUUAUAAAAUUCAAAUAUUGUAUUUAUUACUUUGUAUAUAGAGUUGAAUUAAGUUAAUUAUCUGUAUCUCGAGUUAAAUAAUUUAUAUGAUUUUUUUUAUUCAUCAGAAUUUUAAUUAUCAAAAUAUCGAUAAAACGAACGACUGGAUAUUAGUUUAUUUAGUCUCGUUAUUUACUAUGGUGUGUUUGUGUAUUAUCUGUGAUUAAUGUUUUAGUGUAUAUAUGAUUUGUGUGACAUAGUUGCAAACAAUAACGAUGAUGAUCACCCCUACAGUAUGAUUCUAUUGUAUUUUAUUAUUUUAUUCAAAUGCUAUUAAGUCGAUAAAUCAAUUAAUUUCAUGUAAUAAUGCAUCAAUAAAAUAUGUAAUUUUAAGAUUAAAA